AGCGUGUGUCGGGAUUUUGCAUAUUCGGUGUAUUUGUGAACGUGGAAGUGACCCAAGUGAGGAUUAAGCGUGGCAAACGAUCUGUGUACAUUUAUCGCUCUAUUUGCCCAAUCGGUUAACUUUGGAUGAAGUGGAAUCACGGAAUACAAGAACAAUAGCGAAUUUUCGGAGCAACAAAUACAAAUAUUCCAUAGACGUGUGUAUUUACGUCCGAAAUAAGGUGUUUCGUGCGGCCGAACGGUUUUGCAAUUGAACGAUGACUCAUCCCAAGUUUGGCGGCACGGCCGACGAGGUAAAGUUGAACUGACCGAGGCGACGUGAAGGCAGCAGCUCCGCGCGAGGAGUGCAAAUGAACUGUCGCAGAACAAGUCAACUAGUACACCGUCUCGUCCGGUCUCAAAUUAUCGUCACAACCCUCCAAAAAGUUGACAGUAAACAACUUGGAAGGCUGCAAACUACUCGACGUGUCGCCCUGUGAGGAGACUUGAGACGGGUCGACUUUGACGACAAGACCGACGAAGUUUGUGAUUUGAUUUUUGUGGGGACCUUUUGGCUUCCAUGUCCUCCGCAAAGUGCGGCGAGGAACUGGAGUUCGGACUCAUCUUCGAAGAGGACAGCCGACAAAAUGAAGGUCUCCGUCAUCACGCGAGGAUGCCGCCGUGGCCCGCGGAGCCGGCGUACGGCACCCCGGGGAGCCCGCAGCCAUUGCACUGUCCCAGCAUCCACAUCACGGCUAUCGGCGCCGCCGACGGCAACGUCGACUCCGGCGGCCGUGUCCGGUUGGGCUCGGAGGCGGCCUGGUCCGGGGACCAGCUGUACCUCCCCGACGACCCGUGCUACCGUGACACCCCGCUCUGCCCAAGCCCUUGCAGCAGCCCGUCGUCCCGCAGCUGGAUGUCGGAGCUGUCGUCCUGCGACUCGUUCUCGCGCGCCGUCGACGAAGACGCCGAUGGCGAUGUGCGGAACGGCGCCCUGCUGCUCCUGCCGGGCUCCCCGGGCAGCGGCGGCGGCGGCGGAGGAGAGUUUGGCGUGGAGCUGUGGCGGCAAAAGUACCAAAACGGCCAGAAGCCGGCCCGCUUCAGCCCAACGUUGUCGCCUUACCAGUCUCCUCAGCACUCGCCUGGCGCCAGCGUCGGCGAGGACACGUGGAUCCGCAGACCGCACUCCCGUUCCACAUCGCCGUGUGGGAAGCGUCGUCACGACGACGACGCCGACGACUUCCCGCGCUCGCCGUCCCCUCGGCGCUCGCCCGACGUCACGGCAGGCGCGUCCCCGCGAGGCAACGAAAUGGACGACAUCUGGGCGGGAUUCCUCGAGCCGGACGUCCCCACCAAGACCAGGAAGACGUCCGGGACGCGGCCCGGCGCUCCGGUGGGAUAUUCGCCGCCGGAGGAAGCGAGUAGCGAUGGGGCUCCCCCAUUUGGUGGCCCGGCGGAGCGCUUCCUGCGGGUGCCCGCCCACUUCGGCUGGACCGCCCCCGAAGCGGGAGCCGCGCCCCUUUUCAGAGCCUCGUCUCCUCCGCCUCUGGACUUUCCUCUCCCGAGCGGCUUCGGGCCCAACCGGCUGAGCGUGGAGGCGGAGCCUCGGCCGUACCACCGAGCCCACUACGAGACCGAGGGCAGCCGAGGGGCCAUCAAGGCCGACGACGGAGGACACCCCAGAGUCAAGCUGAGCGGACCGUGCUGGCGCCCCCCCGCCAUUCUGCUCCUGUUCAUGGGCACGGCGGACGAGCGCCAGCCCCUGCGCCCGCACGCCUUCUAUCAAGUCCACCGCGUGACGGGUAAGACGGUGAGGACCACCUGCCGGGAGAAGACGCUGGACGGGACCAAAGUCCUGGAGAUCCCCCUGACGCCCGACGGCGACAUGACUGCCACCAUCGACUGCGCGGGAAUCCUGAAGCUGCGCAACGCCGACAUCGAGCUCAAGAAAGGCGAGACGGACGCGGGCAGGAAGAACACGCGGGUGCGCGCGGCCUUCCGAGUGGCCGUGCCGCGGUCGGACGGGUGGACGCUGUGGCUCCAGACAUCCUCGCGUCCCAUCGAGUGCUCGCAGCGUUCGGGUCUGGACCUCCCUCGCGUGGACGGCUUUACGCCCGGCAGUUGCCGGCGGGAAGGAGGACGGCCGUUGGUCAUCCUCGGCUCCAACUUGUCGUCCCGCUCCAGAGUGAUCUUCUUGGAGAAAAGUUCUGAUGGGCGUGUCCUCUGGGAGACGGACGCCGCAACUGUGCCUCAAACCAGCAGCGGUUCCAGCCUCACGGUGGCCAUCCCCGCGUACCAGCGUGAGACGAGCGUUCCCGUGCACGUGCUCUUCUACGUGUCCAACGGCAAAAGAAGGCGAAGCGCCCUGCAGAGUUUCACGUACUUACCGGGAGAGCCCCCCGCCGCCAUCUUCAAACGGGAGCCGACAUCAGCCUUCCGUCAAACCCCGGGCGAGCCGCCUUGGCAUCGAGGGUGGGCGCAGAGGCUGGACGUCGAACGCGAAGUGGAGGACACGCCCCCGGCGGCGGCCGCGGCGUCUCUGCCGGAACUCCAGGAGCUCACGCUGGACGACGUCAACGAGAUCAUCGGCAGAGACGCGUGCAGCCCGAGCGGCGCCGAGCCGCCGCAGCAGAGUGGGCGGGACUCCAAGUGCGGCGACGCCCUCUUUGCCUUCUGCGGCGGGCCGCGCUAGCUCAGCCGGCCCAAAAGGCUUCCAACUCGCCGACGUGGCCUUCCGAUCGACUUUUCGACGCCGCUUCCUGUUUUGUGUGCCUCUGCUGUGUCAUGUGACUGCUGUGCUGCGUGAUAAAAGUCUCAUUUUAC